AUGAAUAUUGUGCCAGUAUGGGUGCUGAUACACCAUAUAAUAGCAAGAUAUGCCCAGAUAACUGCUUUAUUGUCACUAAUAAUACCUGCUGAUGGGUUCAAAACAUUCAGGAACACGACCAUCAAGGUCGUCCUACGCAAUCAUAAAAUGCAACUAGCAUCAGCGCAAGACCAAUCGCAGGAUACGCACUUUAUAGAAAAUCAAGAUGUAGCUAGAAGGUUGGAAAAGGAAAGGGCUGAAAAGGUGACGCAGUAUCUGGCACCAAUGGAGACGGGACUGUCACCGGGGCUAGACGAAAAAGAAAUUAUUAAAACAUUUGGCGAACCAUAUAGCCCGGAAUAUGUCAAGAAAAGAGAAGAAAGAAACAAAAGGCUAAGUGCAGCACAUCCGCCAGUCGUACCGCCAACCAACAAACUACCAUAUUUCGUAAACAUGCAAAAUCCAAAAAAUCCACUAGGAGAAAAAGAAGUAAAUGAUGCAUACAAGGCGUUGAUGGAAGCAGAAUCGGAAGCUACAACAGAGGAACAUGAUGAACUGAAUCAAACGAAGAUAGAGGGGCAGAAAGAUAACCAAAACUCAAUAGAAGCAACAAAUAAUGAAAUUGAUAAUGUUAAGCAACAGGAACAUACAAGAGUAGUAGAUUUAAGACAGUAUAAUGCUUCAAGAUUUGCACUAUUACAAGACGAUCAUCAUGCCGGGCCUUUUAUAGGUGACCCACUGGACCCAUACUUUGAAGCGUCGGCAAGACAGGCAUUUAAUGACGAUGAGCAAGACGAAGAAGAGCAAGAAGAACAGGAGGAGUCUGUUGCUAAAGAGCCUGAAAAGAAGGUCUGGUACCUCGACAAACCAUUAAAACAUCUACUACCAAAAGAAAUGGCUGAUGGAUGGUCCAUCCUACCAGGAGGUAGAAUAUAUAAGCAUUUGUUGAGACCAUCAGAUCUACCUCCACAGGAACAACGACACCCACAACAAGAAACUUAUGUAUCAUUCGGAUACAAAGUAGCAGACGCAUUCACAGGGCAUAUCAUAUUAGAAGCUGCGGAUAUGAACAGUGAUGGCAUGAUUAUGCAACUCAAGGGGCUAUCAACACCGUUGCAACAAAUGAUCGCGUCAAUGGUGGCAGAAGAACAAGCAGAGUUCAUAAUACACGCAAGUGAAGUGGGAAUGAUCAAUCCGAAAUAUGAAGAUUUGAAACACAUAGAAUGGGUCAGGAUAUGGUUACACUUAAUCAUGAUGCACGAAAGAGGAGAAAAGUGGUGGCAUCUUAGCCCUUUAGAAGCAUCGAAGUAUCCAAAAGCUGACCCAGACGACGGAAAACUAACCAAAAUGGAAAGACUCAAUCUUAAAACGGAGGAAAUUACAAGACAAGUUGAACUCGAACUUGAAAAUAAUCCAUGCUCGCCACUAUGGGAAGAUGUCAUGCAUAGAUUAACCGAACAGCAAAAGGCAUCAGUAGUCGAACACUUCGAUAGGAAAUAUGAGAUGCAACAACGGCAAAGAUGUGCUGAAUAUUCAGGGUCACGGGGAUUCGCAGAUGCAAUCAAAACAACGGGACAAAUGAAAGGGUACGAUUUAGGAAGAGUAUAUGGAGGAACAGGAGCUUUCUAUACAUGGAAGGAAACGCCAUUCGUCAUGUAUGUUGCAGUACCAGUGGUACCAGGGAUCAGAGCUGAACAUGUACAUUUUAACCUGGAACCGAACCACAUGCUGCUUAAAGUAGCUGGUAAAACGACAACACUAUCUCAGAUCAUCGACGAUGAUAUUAAAGGGGCCGUGGAAACUGGAAUAGCAAGCAGCUGGGCAAUGAGUGAAAAGGCGAUGGAGUACGACCCACUACCACCAGAUCACCAAGAAUUACAAGACCCGGUAUUAAAAACGUCUAUGGAAGAUGAAUACCACACGGUGGUCAAAGAACCAUCGAUCAUAAUCGCACUCACUAAAAGAGACAAAGCUAUGGGCAACUGGGGAGUACCAUUUGUGAAUAUCUAA